AUGGAACCACGGCCCACGGUGCGAGCGCAGGUUGUGGGUUCAAGUCCGGUCGCCAGCAGCCCCAACAACGACCGAGCAGGGCUCUACUUCGCCGACGGUCGACGGAAGGUGGACUACGUGCUGGUCUUCCACCACAGGCGGCACAGCUCUGUGCGGAUGCCUGCCGGCACUGCUGCCCCUUCGCACGACCGCCUGUCCAUCAUCUCCAACGGCAACUUCCCGGCGGGGGCGGGGGCGGGGGCAGGGGCGGAUGCGGCGGCGGCGGGGCCUGGAGGUUUGCCGGCAGGAGACGCGGGGCACAUCGGGGAGGUGUGUGUGGAGCUGGGCGGGGCAGAGGAGGAGCUGGUGGAGCCAGCUGACCGCGAGGUGGAGCUGAUCAGGGAGGAGUUUGAGACUAACCUCCUGGAGGCCGGGCUGGAGAUCGAGAGAGACAGAGAGUUGAAGACCCACGGCCCCAGCUUCACCCGUCUCCACGCUCCCUGGCCAGUCCUCAGUCGAGAGGCGGAGUUUCUCAAAAUCAAAGUUCCCACCAAGAAGAGUUAUGAACUGAAGGAAGAGAGCGGUUUUAGCGGCAGUAUGAACGCGGUGUGGAGGAAACUGAAUCAGCCCUUCCAGCCCAAAGUACAACACCAAGACCACGGACUCACCAAACUACUGUCACACUGCUUCUCUAGAGACAAGAUGCACCUAUACAACAUCCAGUCUAAAGACACGUUCUUUGACAACGCCACCAGGGGGCGAAUUGUGUACGAGAUCCUGAGACGUACGGUGUGUGUACGAACCUGCCAAUCCAUGGGCAUCACCACAUUGUUAGCGAAAGGUGUGUACGACUCCGCUUUUCCUCUCCAUGAUGGUGACUACAGGGUCAAAGGUCAGCCAGAGGAGAGGAACGACAGACAGCUUCUGCAUGAGGAGUGGGCGAGAUAUUCUGCCUUUUACAAGUACCAGCCUGUUGAUCUCAUCAGGAAGUACUUUGGGGAGAAGAUUGGCCUGUACUUUGCCUGGCUCGGUGUUUACACCCAGUUGUUGAUACCGGCCUCCAUCGUUGGAAUCAUUGUGUUUGGCUAUGGGGUGGCAACUGUGGAUACCAAUGUACCGAGCCUGGAGAUGUGUGACGAGCAUCAGAACUUCACCAUGUGUCCUCUGUGUGACGGAGCCUGUGACUACUGGCACCUCAGCACCGCCUGCGGCACGGCCCGCGCCUCGCACCUCUUCGACAACCCCGCCACUGUCUUCUUCGCCAUCUUCAUGUCCUUAUGGGCGGCCAUGUUUCUGGAGCACUGGAAGCGUCGGCAGAUCAGUCUGAGCCACAGCUGGGACCUGACAGGCAUUGAGGAGGAUGAGGAACACCCGAGGCCGAAGUACGAGACCGUCCUCCUCCAGAAGAGACAGAAGAAACAGAGAAGUAAAAAGAAGAAGAAGAAUGAGCCAGAGAAGAGUGAGGAGGACGGGACACAGACAGGGAAGGACAGAUGGAGACAGAAACUACUGUCAGCCAUGACAGCAAACCCCUUGGCUGCCAAGGAGAAGCUGACCUGGAGAGACCGUCUGCCCGGAUACUGCAUUAACAUCUCCUCCAUCCUGUUCAUGUUUGGGCUGACGUUUUCGGCAGUUUUUGGCGUGAUCGUAUACCGGAUCACGGUUUCGGCCCUGAUGGCAAUGAGUCCCGACCCGGAAACCAAGUCCAACGUGAGGGUGACUGUAACGGCCACCGCCGUCAUCAUCAACCUGGUGGUCAUCCUCAUCCUGGAUGAGAUCUACGGAGCCGUGGCCGUAUGGCUGACAGAGCUAGAGAUUCCUAAAACUGAGACGAGCUUUGAAGAGCGUCUGAUCCUGAAGGCCUUCCUGCUUAAAUUCAUGAACGCCUACGCUCCUAUCUUCUAUGUGGCUUUCUUCAAAGGCCGGUUCGCAGGCCGACCUGGAGAUUAUGUGUAUGUCUUCAAUGAUUACAGGAUGGAAGAGUGUGCUCCGGGUGGCUGUCUUAUAGAGUUGUGUAUUCAGCUCAGUAUCAUCAUGUUGGGAAAGCAGCUCAUCCAGAACAACAUAUUUGAGAUCGGCAUCCCGAAACUGAAGAAGUUGGUGCGGACGUUGAAGGAUAAAGGCAGAGCGGAGGAGGAGAGGGAGGAGGAGAGGAGCAGACCUCCGCAGCAGUGGAGCCUCGACUACGCCCUCGCCCCCUUCGACGGUCUCACACCGGAGUACAUGGAGAUGAUCAUCCAGUUUGGUUUCGUCUCUCUCUUCGUGGCGUCCUUCCCUCUCGCUCCUCUCUUCGCGUUGCUCAACAAUGUCAUCGAGAUCCGACUCGACGCCAAGAAGUUCGUCACUGAGCUGCGCCGGCCAGUUGCUAUAAGGGCCAAAGACAUUGGUAUUUGGUACAACAUACUGAGUGGAAUGGGAAAAUUCUCAGUCAUUAUAAAUGCCUUUGUCAUCUCCUUCACGUCGGACUUCAUCCCGCGGCUCGUCUACCAGUACAUGUACAGUCAGACGGGCACCAUGCACGGCUUCAUAGACCACACCCUGUCUUACUUCAACGUGUCCAACUUCAAACCGGACACCGCGCCGCACAAUGCCCAGCGAGAGGUCACCGUCUGCAGAUAUAAGGACUACAGGGAACCACCAUGGGCUCCAGAUGCCUACCAGUUCUCCAAACAGUACUGGUGUGUCCUGGCUGCUAGACUGGCCUUCGUCAUCCUGUUCCAGAACUUGGUGAUGUUCCUCAGUCUGCUGGUUGCCUGGCUCAUCCCUGACGUUCCAAAGACCAUCGUGGAGCAGCUGAAACGGGAGAAGACCCUCCUGGUCGACGUCUUCCUCCGAGAAGAGAAGGAAAAGUUCCAGCUCAUCCAGAGUCUUUUCGCAAAGGACCACGCCCUCAACCCGGCCACCCAACCUGGCCAGCCUAGCCAGGGGGAUCCUGAGCCAGGCCGCUACAGUACUCUACCCCCAGGCCUCACCCAGGGCCUGGCUGGGGACCCAGGCGGGCCCCGGGCCAGAUGCAGGGCCGCCAGCUUCAGCCAGUUCAGCAGGCCGAAUCCAACAUUGCCCCGAAAUGGCAAUGAGACGUCAAGACACACGGCUGUGUGA